GUAUCAUUAUUAGGAUUGGAAAUUUUAAGUGCCUUUGUGGAUAGAUUGUCAACACGAUUUAAAUCUUAUGUAGCAAUGGUUACCACAGCUUUAAUAGACAGAAUGGGAGACGCCAAAGACAGAGUUCGAGACGAAGCUCAGAACCUGACACUGAAGCUGAUGGAUGAGGUGGCACCACCUAUGUACAUCUGGGAGCAGCUGGCCUCUGGUUUCAAGCACAAGAACUUCCGAUCUCGAGAGGGCGUGUGUCUGUGUCUUAUUGAGACCUUGAACAUCUUUGGAGCUCAACCAUUGGUCAUCAGCAAGUUGGUGCCACAUUUGUGUAUCUUAUUUGGAGAUUCUAAUAGUCAGGUGAGAAAUGCUGCAAUAUCGGCUGUAGUGGAGAUUUAUAGACAUGUAGGAGAGAAGCUGAGGUCUGAUCUGUGUAAGAGAGACAUUGCCCCUGCUAGAUUAGAAAUGAUACUUGCCAAAUUUGAUGAAGUACAAAAUUCGGGCGGUAUGAUUUUGAGUGUCUGCAAAGAUAAAAGCUUUGAUGAUGAGGAAUCAGUGGAUGGAAAUAGACCGUCAUCAGCUGCUUCAGCCUUCAAGGUUCCUGCACCUAAGACAUCUGGAAAUCCAGUCAACAGUGGGAGAAAGCCUGGUUCAGCAGGUGGCCCUAAGGUUGGAGGUGCUUCUAAAGAAGGAGGGGCUGGAGCGGUUGAUGAGGAUGACUUUAUCAAAGCUUUUACAGAUGUUCCUUCUGUUCAGAUCUAUUCUAGUCGAGAACUUGAAGAAACGUUAAAUAAGAUCAGGGAGAUUUUGUCAGAUGACAAACAUGACUGGGACCAACGUGCCAAUGCACUUAAGAAAAUCAGAUCACUGCUUGUUGCUGGGGCUGCACAAUAUGAUUGCUUUUUUCAGCAUUUACGUUUGUUGGAUGGAGCGCUUAAGCUGUCUGCUAAGGAUCUCAGAUCCCAGGUGGUCAGAGAAGCUUGCAUCACUGUUGCCCACCUUUCAACGGUUUUGGGAAACAAGUUCGAUCAUGGCGCUGAAGCCAUUGUACCUACACUUUUUAAUCUUGUCCCUAAUAGUGCAAAAGUUAUGGCAACUUCUGGUUGUGCAGCAAUCAGAUUUAUUAUUCGGCAUACCCAUGUACCCAGACUUAUACCGUUAAUAACAAGCAACUGUACAUCAAAAUCAGUACCUGUGAGGAGGCGUUCAUUUGAAUUUUUAGAUCUGUUGCUGCAGGAGUGGCAGACUCAUUCACUGGAAAGACAUGCAGCUGUCUUGGUUGAAACUAUUAAGAAGGGAAUUCAUGAUGCUGAUGCUGAGGCCAGAGUGGAGGCAAGAAAAACAUACAUGGGUCUCAGGAACCACUUUCCUGGUGAAGCUGAAACGUUGUAUAAUUCCCUUGAGCCAUCAUAUCAGAAAAGUCUUCAAACUUACUUAAAGAGUUCUGGCAGUGUAGCGUCUCUUCCACAGUCAGACAGGUCCUCAUCUAGCUCACAAGAAAGUCUCAAUCGUCCCUUUUCUUCUAAGUGGUCUACAGCGAAUCCAUCAACUGUGGCUGGAAGAGUGUCAGUGGGAGGCAGUAAAACCAGCUCCCUUCCAGGAAGCCUGCAGCGUUCUCGAAGUGACAUCGAUGUGAAUGCUGCAGCUGGUGCCAAAGCGCAUCAUGCCGCUGGACAGGCUGUGCGAAGUGGGCGGUUAGGGGCCGGUGCCCUGAAUCCAGGUUCCUAUGCAUCGCUUGAGGAUACUUCUGACAAGAUGGAUGGAACAGCAUCUGAAGAUGGUCGGGUGAGAGCUAAGCUUUCUACACCACUUGCUGCUGUGGGGAAUGCCAAGACCGAUUCUAGAGGAAGAAGCCGGACAAAAAUGGUGUCUCAGUCUCAGCCUGGAAGCCGAUCCGGGUCUCCAGGAAGAGUUCUAACCACAACAGCCCUCUCUACUGUGAGCUCUGGUGCUCAACGGGUCCUGGUCAAUUCGGCUUCAGCUCAGAAGAGAAGCAAGAUCCCAAGGAGCCAGGGCUGCAGCAGAGAGGCCAGCCCAUCUAGGCUUUCAGUAGCCCGAAGCAGUCGGAUUCCUCGCCCGAGUGUGAGUCAAGGCUGUAGCCGGGAAGCUAGCAGAGAGAGCAGCAGGGACACAAGCCCAGUCCGUUCUUUCCAGCCCCUGGGUCCGGGAUAUGGGAUCAGCCAGUCAAGCCGGUUGUCAUCCUCCGUUAGUGCCAUGCGAGUCCUAAACACAGGCUCCGACGUGGAGGAAGCGGUAGCUGAUGCCUUGCUCUUAGGAGACAUACGGACUAAGAAAAAACCUGCUCGAAGAAGAUAUGAAUCAUACGGAAUGCACUCAGAUGAUGAUGCCAACAGCGAUGCUUCGAGCGCAUGUUCAGAACGCUCCUAUAGCUCUCGAAAUGGUAGUAUUCCUACCUACAUGAGACAGACAGAAGACGUGGCAGAAGUUCUCAACAGAUGUGCUAGUUCCAAUUGGUCAGAAAGGAAAGAAGGCCUCCUGGGUCUGCAGAACUUGUUAAAAAACCAGAGAACACUAAGUCGAGUUGAACUGAAAAGAUUAUGUGAAAUUUUCACGAGAAUGUUUGCUGAUCCUCACGGCAAGAGAGUGUUCAGCAUGUUUUUGGAGACUCUGGUAGAUUUCAUACAAGUCCACAAGGAUGAUCUUCAAGAUUGGUUGUUUGUGCUGCUGACACAGCUGCUGAAAAAAAUGGGUGCUGAUUUGCUUGGUUCUGUUCAGGCAAAAGUUCAGAAAGCCCUUGAUGUUACAAGAGAAUCAUUUCCAAAUGAUCUUCAAUUUAAUAUCCUAAUGAGAUUUACAGUUGACCAGACCCAAACACCAAGCUUGAAGGUGAAGGUCGCUAUCCUUAAGUACAUAGAAACUCUGGCCAAGCAGAUGGAUCCAGGGGAUUUUAUAAAUUCCAGUGAAACUCGCCUGGCAGUGUCCCGGGUCAUCACUUGGACGACAGAGCCCAAAAGCUCUGAUGUUCGAAAGGCAGCACAGUCAGUGCUGAUUUCUUUAUUUGAACUCAAUACCCCAGAGUUUACAAUGUUACUAGGAGCUUUACCAAAAACUUUCCAAGAUGGUGCUACUAAACUUCUUCAUAAUCACCUUCGAAACACUGGCAAUGGGACCCAGAGUUCCAUGGGGAGUCCUUUGACAAGACCUACGCCUCGUUCCCCAGCCAACUGGUCCAGUCCUCUUACUUCUCCUACUAACACAUCACAGAAUACAUUAUCUCCAAGUGCGUUUGAUUACGACACAGAAAACAUGAAUUCUGAGGACAUUUACAGCUCCCUUAGAGGUGUCACUGAGGCAAUCCAGAAUUUCAGCUUCAGAAGCCAAGAAGACAUGAGUGAACCACUCAAGAGGGAUCCUAAAAAAGAGGAUGCUGACACAAUAUGUGGUCCUGGGAUGUCAGAUCCACGAGCAGGAGGUGAUGCCACUGACUCCAGCCAGACAGCUCUUGAUAAUAAAGCAUCUUUGCUCCAUUCAGUACCACUUCACUCCUCUUCACGUUCUCGUGAUUAUAAUCCAUAUAACUAUUCAGAUAGCAUCAGUCCCUUCAACAAGUCUGCCCUCAAGGAGGCCAUGUUUGAUGAUGACGCUGACCAGUUUCCUGACGAUCUUUCCUUAGACCAUUCUGACCUAGUUGCAGAGCUGUUGAAGGAACUGUCUAACCAUAAUGAACGUAUAGAAGAAAGAAAAUUUGCCCUCUACGAACUCAUGAAGCUAACCCAGGAAGAAUCUUUCAGUGUUUGGGAUGAACACUUCAAAACAAUAUUAUUGUUAUUGCUUGAGACUCUUGGGGAUAAAGAGCCUACAAUCAGGGCUUUGGCAUUAAAAGUUUUAAAAGAAAUCUUAAGGCAUCAACCCGCAAGAUUCAAAAACUAUGCAGAACUGACUGUCAUGAAAACGUUGGAAGCCCAUAAAGAUCCUCAUAAAGAGGUGGUGAGGUCUGCUGAGGAAGCUGCCUCCGUCUUGGCUACUUCAAUUAGUCCAGAGCAGUGCAUCAAAGUGCUUUGUCCAAUCAUACAAACUGCUGACUACCCAAUUAAUCUGGCUGCAAUCAAAAUGCAAACAAAAGUGAUAGAGAGAGUAUCCAAGGAAACUCUUAACAUGCUCUUACCAGAGAUCAUGCCAGGUCUAAUCCAGGGUUAUGAUAAUUCAGAAAGCAGCGUCCGGAAAGCUUGUGUCUUCUGCCUGGUAGCUGUUCAUGCGGUCAUUGGUGAUGAAUUAAAGCCACAUCUCAGUCAACUCACUGGCAGUAAAAUGAAGCUGCUGAACCUUUACAUCAAACGUGCACAGACGGGCUCUGCAGGAGCUGACCCUACUACUGAUGUGUCUGGACAAAGUUAGUGCUGCAGGUGGAGCCUCCCAGGUCUCUGAAAAGGCAACUGCCCGCCCUCCUCAAGGAAAGGAAACUCUCAAGUACAGCUUUGGGGACUAAGCUACCCUUUCCCAGUUCUAGCUUUUUGUUUUGUUCCGUUUUGUAUUUUCUGUAACAGAGGGUGUCCUCAGUCUGCAUGUGACUUUAUGAUAGUUAUUCCAAAUUCAGGAAGAGCAGUAUUAACAUCAGUUGAUCAGUACAAAGUAAUUUUUUAAUCUAAUUCACCAUUUCACAUGUUUGUACUUCUUUGUCUUCCCAUUAACCUUUGCCAGUGUUAUGAUUGUAUAAAUUUUUUUAAAUACUGGUUAAACAGGAAUGCUUCAGGCUUUAAAAGUUUAACAGUCUAAACUUUUAAUUUUGCCUUUGUUCAACUGCAGAAUAUUUUUAUUGCUACUUUGAGUUUUGUUCCGUAUCAUGUCCUAUGCUAGAAAUAUUGACAAUGAUGUGAGACAAAGCAGGGCUACUUGGAACUCCAGCCAGACUCCGUUGAUGUGGCGGUGGUACGUGUCAUUAGCUGCGACUUCUUUGGGAUGACCUCAAAGAGAAAUAUCAUAGAAUCAGCCAGUUCUGUAAGACUGAUGGUGUCUUUGGUUCUUGAUCUUGCCACCUUUGUUCAAAGCCCCUUCUCUGACCCCGUAAGAAAGCUGCACCAAAUCACCUGCCUGGGUUUCCAUGGGAAUUAUUAAAAUGGAAGGUUUUGUUGCAGAACUUUUUGGUUUAUCUUUGUUGUGAAUGAUGCUUUUUGUUGUAUUUAUUAAUAUCAAAUUCACUUAUGAAUAGACUUGAUAAUGGAAACAGAUGAGAAAAAUCAAGUGCAUGUGUGUCUUUGACUGUCUUCUGUUUCUUAGUUGAUAAACUAAUUAUUGCCAUGGGAGUCAACUAGCACCUUUUUGUUGAAUGAUGGAACCUGGUUUCCUUUGACCAUGAACUUGUCCUAUGAAGACACUGAUCCUGAUGAGAGAGAAGAUGGUGCCGAGGCUCUUGUACAAUGGGCUCACACUUUCUACCUCCUCAGGGCUGACACUUUAACUGACUCGCUGCCUGUAGUGUCUUGGAAAACUACUUUAAGGUGAUGUUUUGUUACCUUCCAACAUUUUUUUUUAAAUCACUUCUGCUAAAGCUAUUAUUUUUAUGUGCAGCCAGCUUUUAAAUAUUACCAGUUUGGGUAAAAGACCAAAUUAGGUAAUUUGGAACCAGGAUACUAUUGAUUUCUCAUCUUGACCUUUUGUUUUGUUUUGUUUUGUUUUUUGUUUUUUUCUAAUCCUCACAUAAGGUGAAUUUGACUGGAAAGCAAAUGACUGUUAGGGAAGCAGUUUGCUAUUGUUACAGAGUUAUCUAUACUUUGUUCAGAUGAAAAAAAAUUGUAGAAAUGUAUGUAAAGAACUUAAGCCAAGAGAACUGGACGGACGAUUGGUUGUAGACUUUUCCCUUCCUUUGUUUUUGUUCUGUUCUAGCAGCAAGGAAAAGAUAUUGCUCCAUAUUCUCCCCUACCUGUAACAGUUUUGUUUUCUGCUGUUAAUGACAUUGUGUAUUUAUAGUUCUAUGCUUACUGUUGUGCAUAUACUGGCAAUAAAACUGUACAUAACAUUACUUGAAAACCUUA